UUUCGGUUUCGAUCUCCCACAAAUUGGAUUAUAGCUAGAAUCUCGCUAUACGAAUACGCAAUCGAUUUAUGUUCAUGUACUGCUAUCUUGUUAAUUGUCCGUUUCAAUAUACAAUUGUGAUCAACAGAUGGUCUGUUGAUACAUUCUUAUGGGUCCUUUGAGUAGGUUGUUCUGAAGUUUCCUCCCUCAGUUUUUGAUGGGUGCACCUAAGCAAAAGUGGACUUCAGAAGAAGAAGCUGCCCUUAAAGCUGGGAUACUUAAGCACGGACCAGGUAAAUGGCGCACGAUUCUCAAGGAUCCAGAAUUUAGUGGAGUAUUGUGUUUGCGUUCAAAUGUAGAUCUCAAGGACAAGUGGAGGAACAUGACUGUAAUGGCAAACGGUUGGGGUUCUCGAGAGCAAGCAAGAUUGGCUGUCAAAAAGAUGAGACAGGCCCCUAAGCAGGAUGGGAGUCCUUUGACUGAUACUACUGCUGCUGAGAGUGAUGAGGAAGCAGCUGAAACAAGGACUGUCACAACUUCUAGUGGUUCUCCUCAGACACAUGGUUCAAAACGAUCUAUGAUAAGGUUGGAUAAUCUUAUAAUGGAGGCUAUAAACACCUUGAAGGAGCCAGGUGGUUCCAACAAGAUCACAAUAGCUGAAUACAUAGAGGACCAGUACUGGGCACCUCCAAAUUUUAAAAGGCUACUGUCCGGGAAACUGAAGUAUUUAACUGCAACAGGGAAACUUAUCAAGAUGAAGCGUAGGUAUAGAAUAGUACCUACGUCAACACCAUCUGACAGUAGAAGAAACCUGUCCCUUCCACUUUUGGACAGCAGGCAGAGGAUCUUCCCCAAGAUUGAUCGGGAUGAUAUGACCAUGCUUAGUACAUCUCAGAUAGAUUUAGAGCUAGCUAGAAUGAGGAACAUGACACCUCAAGAGGCUGCAGCUGCUGCUGCACAAGCGGUUGCUGAAGCAGAAGAAGCCAUAGCUGAAGCUGAGGAGGCUGGUAGGGAGGCUGAGGCUGCUGAAGCUGAUGCUGAAGCUGCACAAGCCUUUUCAGUAGCUGCUAAGAAGACACUACAUGGGAGAAGCACCCCAAGGAUGAUGAUACAUGCUUGAUCGUUCCUUUGGAGGUGAUGUGGAUGUGCGAGUUAGAGAAUUGCUAGAUACCAUUCCAGUUUGAUGUUGUAUCUUCAGCUUGUACAUAUGGCUACAAGUUUCAUGCCAAGUGUAAUCUACUGGGUUGUUAGUAGUAAAAGUGUUUUUGAUUGUGUCAGUGUGUUUCCUGUUCACCAGAGGACUUGACCAAAUCAGAUGUCUCCUUUUUAACCGUAACUGUUUCUGCUGGCUGAGGAACAGGAAUAAUCCCCGGAAGGGGUUCGUUCAUGCAUGGAUGUUCCUGAUGCUCUUCUGUUAGUGUACACGACGAUUUAUUAUUUAUUUGAUCUGGAUGUGGAAGCAAAAUAGAUUAGUCUACAGUAGUUUCUGGCCAAUGUCUAGUAAGUGGGAAUGAAGAAAUUAUUUCUCCAAGAAAUUAGUUCAGGAGACAAGCUUGGGCAUAUCUCACAUAAUAUAUUUUUAUGUGGUGGAUUCUUUUCAAUCUAUUUUUAUUUCAAAUCCAAUCAAUACUUAAAAAAUAGCCCAUGUACACUACAGGAAUCCUUUAUGUUUUCUUACCUAUUUGAAUGGAUUAUUUAAGCAGACAUGUAUAAUUAGCUCUAAAAAGUAUUCAAAGUUAUUUUUCUUAUACCGAAA